UCGCUGUCAUUGUCACGUUGUGAAAAGUUGGGUUAGGGUUUAAGAAGUCUUUGAAUUUGUUAUUAUUGUUUGGUUUGGGAUUAGAAAUAGAUCUACAUAAAUCACAAUGAAUUCUGCGAAUGAUGAAAAGCCUCGUGUUAUAUUGGAAGAAUAUAAAACGUCCAAAAACUUACCCACAGCUCCUACAGUUCUGAAUGAAGUUUUCUCAGUCAAAAAUUUCAAGAAGAAAUUCAGAAUAGUCGUAGUUAGAAAUGAAAACUAUGAAAUGGAAUUCGAUAUGAUUGGCAUUCAUCCCUUUCUAGCAAAUACAUUCCGCAGAUUAAUGUUGAGUGAUGUUCCAAGCAUGGCUAUCGAGAAAGUUUAUAUUCACAAUAAUACUUCCAUAAUUCAAGAUGAAGUUUUAGCUCAUAGGUUGGGACUAAUUCCAUUAAAAGCUGAUGCAAGGUUAUUUGAGUACAAAGAAGAUAGUUCAGCAGCUUCAAAUGAAAAUGAUUCCUUAGAAUAUGAACUUAAGAUCAAGUGCAGUUACAAUAAAGAAGCCAACAAGAAGGAUUCAUCAAGAGAGGAAGAUAUGUAUAAAAAUAAUAAUGUAUAUUCCAAACAUAUAAAAUGGGUACCAGUUGGAAAUCAGAAAGAGAGGUUCAAAGAGGCAGAUGUGGGGCCCAUCGAAACUGAUAUUCUUAUAGCAAAAAUGAGACCUGGACAUGAACUAGAUUUAAAACUAGUAGCUGUUAAAGGAGUCGGUAGAGAUCAUGCAAAGUUUUCACCCGUAGCGACUGCAUUUUACAGACUAAUGCCUGACAUAAAAUUAGUGAGGGAAGUAACAGGCGAUGCUGCUUACAAACUUCAAAGCUGUUUUUCUCCGGGAGUAAUAGGAAUCAGAAACAAAAAAGAUGGGAGGAAAAUUGCUGUUGUCAAUAAUGCUAGAUAUGAUACUGGUAGUAGAAAUGUUUUUAGAUAUGAUGACCUUAAAGAUGCUGUAGUUAUGACGAAGAUUCAAGACCAUUUUAUAUUUACGAUUGAAUCUGUGGGAGCUAUGCAGCCAGAUGUCAUUUUUAGAGAAGCUGUUAAUACCUUAAAGGAAAAAUGUUCUUUAUUAUUAGAAGAAUUGAAUAGUUCUUAAAUAUUUAUAAUAAACAUGUAUUUUAUUAAAA